CUGUCUGCAGUCUCUGGUCAUUCCCUGCACUGUAUGCAGUCUCUGGUCAUUCCCUGCACUGUAUGCAGUCUCUGGUCAUCCCCUGCACUGUCUGCAGUCUCUGGUCAUCCCCUGCACUGUCCGCAGUCUCUGGUCAUCCCCUGCACUGUCCGCAGUCUCUGUCUCUGGUCAUCCCCUGCACUGUCCGCAGUCUCUGGUCAUCCCCUGCACUGUCCGCAGUCUCUGGUCAUCCCCUGCACUGUCCGCAGUCUCUGGUCAUCCCCUGCACUGUCCGCAGUCUCUGGUCAUCCCCUGCACUGUCCGCAGUCUCUGGUCAUUCCCUGCACUGUCCGCAGUCUCUGGUCAUUCCCUGCACUGUCCGCAGUCUCUGGUCAUUCCCUGCACUGUCCGCAGUCUCUGGUCAUUCCCUGUACUGUCCGCAGUCUCUGGUCAUCUCCUGCACUGUGUCCGCAGUCUCUGGCCAUCUCCUGCACUGUGUCCGCAGUCUCUGGUCAUCUCCUGCACUGUGUCCGCAGUCUCUGGUCAUCCCCUGUACUGUGUCCGCAGUCUCUUGGUCAUCCCCUGUACUAUGUCCGCAGUCUCUUGGUCAUCCCC